AAAAAAAUUCUCUUCAAUGAAAAUGGAGGAUCCAAACCUCGCUGACCAGUAUGUACAAGAGUUUGUGCUCGAGCAUCUGGAGGAUGGUACCUCGGCACCGGUUGGUGUCAAACGUGAAGAUCACAGCCCGACAGCGGUGGCCAAGAUUACCUGGACCGCAGAACCGGCUGCCAUGGCGCCGGAGGAUGAAGAAACCGCCGUUGAGCCGCUGAUCAAAAUGAGAUCAUUUUCCACAAAUUGGUCGCACAUGGAUGAGAGGCGUCUGCAGCCAUUGUCACCACCACCGGAGAUCUAUACCCAUGGACCGAUGACGGGUCAGGCUAUACUCGUGAAUACCUCAGUACCGGGUGGGGUACCAUCAACACCCCCCGAAACACCACCUGUUAUUGGCUCUCCAACGGGUAGUACCUGUGCUCAGGCUUAUGCUGGGGUCCCAGCUUCACACUAUGCCACCCACCACAGACCCCCACCCAGCAGUGCUGGGCUGACACAGGAAAUGAUGUGGCUACCCAACUCUAUGCGUACCGAUCCUCAACCGCUCGACUUAAGGCCACUGGCCGGUCCCAGCCAGGAGGAGGAAUGGGAAAGGCAUCGCGAGUACAUGCAAUCUGUGGCCGCCGCCAAUCACCACCACAGCCAUCAUUUGCAUUUGCAGCAAAAUCAACAUCCCCACCAUCAUCAUCAUCAUUUCCAGCACCUGGAACACCUGGCUCCGAUCAAUAUGCAUCCCUCGCCCUAUCACAAUAUCGCCAAUUGUCCACCCACCAGCUCCUCGGGAUCCCUGCUACACAAUGCGCCCUCAAAUGGCGGUCAUCAACAUUCCACGAAUCGGCCCACCUCGGUAUGUUCAACGCGAUCCUCAACAAAUUCCCCGCGUACCGUUUCCGGACACUAUUCCACAUCGAGCCAAUUGGGUAUAGACGAUUGUAUCGAUGACGACCUCCUAACCACCCUCUCAGUGCGGGAGCUAAACAAACGUCUUCAUGGUUGUCCGCGCGAAGAAGUUGUGCGGCUAAAGCAAAAAAGGCGAACCCUUAAAAAUCGCGGCUAUGCACAAAAUUGUCGCUCAAAACGUCUAAUGCAGCGUCACGAAUUGGAAAAGACCAAUAGGCAGUUAAAUCAGGAUCUGCAUCGUUUGAAAUUGGAAUACACACGGGUUUGCCAAGAGCGGGAUCAGCUGAAACAGCGUUUGCAAUCGAGGAAUGGUUCGAGUUCCUCACCAACGACGGCAUCAGCAGCAGCAGGAGGGGCGGGGGCGACGGGUAGUGCCGUCAUUGCCUUGAAUCCCUCAAGUGGUGGUCCAACAGCAGCUGCCAAUGGUCAUCAUGCACAUCCUCAUCCCCAUCAUCAUUCUCAGCAUCAUCAUCAUAAUGUUGUGGCGGCCGCUGCUGCAGCAGCAGCUGUUGCAGCUCGUGAUCAUCAUCAUGGUUCAGGUCAUCAGGCCCAUCAAUGGACCUCAUCGGCCAGAUAUCAACAGCAGCAUAUGAUGCAGCAACAAGCGAAUUCCGUUGCUGGUUCCACCGCCGCCGCCGCUCUUCAUGGUCCCCAUCAACAGCCUCAACAGGCCAUUCUGCAACCCCAACCUGCAACAGCCGUUGUAAAUUAA